CGACUGCGAGGAGGCGGACACCCGUCCCGGCGAGCCCCAGCCCCGGCCCCCGGGCCCGGCUCCGGCAUGGAUGUGAGGUUCUACCCCGCGGCGGCCGGGGACCCCGCCGGCCUGGAUUUCGCGCAGUGCCUGGGGUACUACGGCUACAGCAAGUUUGGAAAUAACAGCAACUACAUGAACAUGGCCGAAGCUAACCACACGUUGUUUGCAGCCAGUGAGCAGACGUUCCAUACACCAAGCCUUGGGGACGAGGAGUUUGAAAUCCCUCCCAUCACGCCUCCUCCAGAGUCAGACCCCGCCCUGGGCAUGCCCGAUGUUCUGCUACCCUUUCAGGGCCUCAGCGACCCAUUGCCUUCCCAGGGAAGUGAAUUUACACCCCAGUUUCCACCUCAAAGCCUGGACCUUCCUUCCAUUACGAUCUCAAGAAAUCUCGUGGAACAAGAUGGUGUGCUUCAUAGCAGUGGAUUGCAUAUGGACCAGAGCCACACACAAGUUUCGCAAUACCGUCAGGAUCCCUCCCUGAUCAUGAGGUCCAUUGUCCACAUGACUGAUGCUGCUCGCUCGGGGAUCAUGCCUCCUGCCCAGCUCACCACCAUCAACCAGUCUCAGCUCAGUGCCCAGCUGGGCCUGAAUUUGGGAGGUGCCAGUAUGCCCCACACAUCUCCUUCACCUCCAGCAAGCAAAUCGGCAACUCCCUCCCCUUCCAGCUCCAUCAAUGAAGAGGAUGCUGACGAAUCCAACAGAGCCAUCGGAGAGAAAAGAGCUGCUCCGGAUUCUGGCAAGAAGCCCAAGACUCCAAAGAAAAAGAAAAAGAAAGAUCCCAACGAGCCCCAGAAGCCAGUGUCAGCAUAUGCCCUAUUUUUCAGAGACACGCAGGCUGCAAUUAAAGGUCAGAACCCCAAUGCAACCUUUGGAGAGGUCUCCAAAAUCGUAGCAUCUAUGUGGGACAGCCUUGGAGAAGAACAAAAGCAGGUAUAUAAAAGAAAAACGGAAGCUGCCAAAAAAGAGUACCUGAAGGCCCUGGCUGCAUACAGGGCGAGCCUGGUUUCCAAGGCUGCCGCCGAAUCAGCAGAAGCCCAGACCAUUCGUUCUGUUCAGCAGACCCUGGCGUCAACCAAUCUGACAUCCUCCAUCCUUCUCAACACUCCGCUGUCUCAACAUGGAACAGUAUCAACGUCGCCUCAGACUCUCCAGCAAUCGCUCCCUAGGUCAAUCGCUCCCAAGCCCUUAACCAUGAGACUCCCCAUGAACCAGAUUGUCACCUCAGUCACCAUUGCAGCCAACAUGCCAUCGAACAUUGGUGCCCCACUGAUCAGCUCCAUGGGAACAGCCAUGGUUGGCUCAGCAUCCUCCACCCAAGUGAGCCCUUCAGUGCAAACCCAACCACAUCAGCUGCAGCUGCAGCAGCAGCAGCAGCAACAGCAACAGCAGCAGAUGCAACAGAUGCAGCAGCAGCAACUCCAGCAGCAUCAAAUGCAUCAGCAAAUCCAGCAGCAGAUGCAGCAGCAGCAUUUCCAACACCACAUGCAGCAGCACCUGCAGCAGCAGCAGCAGCUGCAGCAGCAAAUCAACCAACAGCAGCUGCUGCUGCAGCAGCUGCAGCACAUGCAACACCAGUCUCUGCCUUCUCCGCGCCAGCACUCGCCCGCCGCUUCCCAGAUCACGUCCCCCAUCCCCGCCAUCGGGAGCCCCCAGCCCGCCUCUCAGCAGCACCGGUCGCAAAUACAGUCUCAGACACAGACUCAAGUCUUAUCGCAGGUCAGUAUUUUCUGAAGACACGUGGCGGAUGGAGUUGUGUGGAUCAGGAGGGUGGCAUAGGAGGGGUAAACCAUACGUGGCUGAAACUUGUAAGUUGGUGUUGGUUAUGCAGCAAAUGUGUAACAGAUCAAACGGUCCUCUCAAGUGUCUAUUAGAUAGGCAAUAAGAACUACAGUGUAGCUGGGUAUCAUCUUUUAGCCGACUGUAAAUCACUUUGUUUUUAAACAAGAAAAGCUGUGCUCUUUUAUGUGAUGGCUUUUUUAUUUAUUCAGGCUAUACCUACAAUAUGUGAAUCGAACCGUUUCAUGAAUCCUGGGACGCACUGAUGAUUAUAAACUGGCCUGUCUGAGUCACAGAACAUGGCCUUAUUGCUCCUGAAGUGAAUAAACCACACUUCCAGGCUGUUUGAACUUCCGAAGCCCUAAAAAUAAAAAGCACAGUUGUAACUACCUGAGAUACGAAAGUUCAGUUUCAUACAAAUGCUUGUAUGACGUGAAUAGUUGAUGGCAUUUUUUUGUCAUGAGAAAAAAAUAAUGUAAAUCACAGACUUUUGCCAAAGCUCUUAUUUUUUUUCCCCCUAAAUCUCUCCAGGGAAAAAAAAAAAAAUGCAAGUGAUUAGAUUCAAUUCUUGACUCCUUUUCACUUUUUCUCCAUGACUUGUCCAAAUCAAACGACGGUGUAUGUUGUAACAGUAUCUAUGACCGCUGUUAGCCCGUGAUAUAUCCAUUCCAAUUAGAAGAAAAGAAAUGUGAAUAUUAUAUUCUGUGUUUUGAGUGACAAGUUUCGAAGAAUAAAAACACUGUAUUUUUAAAAGGGAAAUGCACUUAAAUGAAAACAGUUAUUACAAAAGUUAAGAUUUAAAAAAAAAAAAGAAGCAAGAGGUUUUAUUAUGAUGUAAUACCGGUAGAAUAUUUAAAAGGCGCACCACAUCUGAAUAAUCAAUGUAAAUAUUUUCUUUCCAAGUUGUAAGUUUUCAUAUCAUGUGUUGUAAAGUUUUUCAUAAACGAGGCUUUAAGAUAAACACUGGUGAUAUAAACCAUUCAUUGCUACGUUGCUUAUUGUGUUUUUAUGCUGUUUUAUACUUUUUUAUGAGUUACGAUAGCAGCAAUUAAGUUGUUUGUAUUUUGCUUAACUAAAAGAAAAAAUGCUUUUAUCUUGCUAUAGAAUAAACACAUUUCAGUAAAAACCGUGGACUGUAUUUUGAUGCAGCAACAAGGCAACUGUUCACUUUUCAAAUAAAAUGCUCUGUCA